GCCCCCCCCCCCCCCCCUGCCCCGGCGCGAGGAGACACCCGGGGGGAGCCACCGGCCCCGCCAUGAGGAGGGAGAUGAACGGGGUCACCAAGAGCAGGUUUGAGUUUCUGGCAAGAAAACCCAUUCAGCAGAAAAACAUCUGGUGUUGGAGGGAUGUUAAGAAAAGCAAAACCAAGAUGUUCUCAAACAAUGACGAAGCUGUGAUCAACAAAAAACUUCCGAAAGAACUGCUGCUUCGAAUAUUCUCUUUUCUGGAUGUGGUCACUCUGUGUCGUUGUGCUCAGGUUUCCAGGGCAUGGAAUGUUCUGGCCCUGGAUGGCAGUAACUGGCAGCGAAUUGACCUGUUUGAUUUCCAGAGGGAUAUUGAGGGUCGAGUAGUGGAGAAUAUUUCUAAAAGAUGUGGGGGUUUCUUGCGAAAGCUAAGCCUGCGUGGGUGUCUAGGAGUGGGAGACAAUGCAUUAAGGAUAUUUGCACAAAACUGCAGAAAUAUUGAAGUAUUGAACCUAAAUGGCUGCACCAAGAUCACCGAUACGACAUGUACCAGCCUUAGUAAGUUCUGCUCUAAACUCAGGCACCUUGACUUGGCUUCCUGCACUUCCAUAACCAACCUGUCUCUAAAAGCACUGAGUGAGGGAUGCCCACUGCUGGAACAGCUGAAUAUCUCCUGGUGUGACCAAGUGACUAAGGAUGGCAUCCAGGCUCUGGUGAGAGGCUGUGGAGGACUCAAAGCCUUGUUUCUGAAGGGCUGCACUCAGCUUGAGGAUGAAGCUCUCAAAUACAUUGGAGCACACUGUCCUGAACUAGUGACUUUAAACCUGCAAACCUGCUUACAAAUCACAGAUGAUGGUCUCAUAACGAUAUGCAGAGGAUGCCAUAAAUUGCAAUCCUUGUGUGCCUCAGGCUGCUCUAACAUUACAGAUGCCAUCUUGAAUGCACUGGGACAAAACUGUCCGCGGCUUAGAAUAUUAGAAGUCGCAAGGUGUUCGCAGCUAACGGAUGUGGGCUUUACCACUCUGGCUAAGAACUGUCAUGAGCUUGAAAAAAUGGACCUGGAAGAGUGUGUUCAGAUAACAGACAGUACGUUAAUCCAGCUUUCCAUAUACUGUCCACGGCUUCAGGUGUUGAGUUUGUCGCACUGCGAGUUGAUCACAGACGAUGGGAUUCGUCACUUGGGGAAUGGUGCCUGCGCACAUGACCGACUGGAAGUGAUCGAGCUGGACAACUGCCCUUUGAUCACAGAUGCCUCCUUGGAACACCUGAAGAGUUGCCAUAGCCUGGAGAGGAUAGAACUUUAUGACUGUCAACAGAUCACACGGGCAGGAAUCAAGAGACUCAGGACCCAUUUACCCAAUAUUAAAGUCCAUGCCUACUUCGCUCCUGUGACUCCACCUCCGUCAGUAGGGGGCAGCAGACAGCGCUUCUGCAGAUGUUGCAUCAUCCUAUGACAUUGGAAUUGGUCAUCCUUGCAAACUGAGUAUUUAAUUACACUUCUAGAAUUACAGUGGACACCUGUAUCUUCAACGAAAGUGAUCCCAGUGUCAUUUGCAAGGGCCAGUGAAAAGGGCUGUGGCACCGGGCCCCUGUAGCCACCCAUACACACGCAUAUACACACGCACCACCUGUUCCAGCAACUGAUGAACUCUGUAACAUGGGAGCUGGAUCUGUGUUGUCUUUUGCUGUAGGUGGAUUGAUAUAAUUCUGAACCAUUCCUACUGGGUAUGCUCAGAAGAAACUACUGGGGAGGGGGUUGUGCAAACCCAAAACGACUGCUGCUGGUUUUUGUUUUUUUGUUUUUUGUUUUUUAAUGUUGGAACAGCACCCAAAUCCUUUGAAGUUGGGGGGAGGGAGAGAAAUGAACAUGCUUUAUUCUUGCAUCCACUGUCCCAAAAAAAAAAAAGAGGUUUUGUUUUCUGUUCUUCAGUAAGGGAAUGAAAACAGCAGCCAUUGUGAGACAUGAUUUACUGUGCUUCGGUACUUCCUUGUUUCCAUGCUAACACACUGAGCAUGCUCACAUGGAAGGUUCAUCCGUUUCUUCUGUGUUUCAUAGCAUUCAGCUCAGAGGCUUCCUAGAUUGUUGUGAUGAUAUAGCUUGAAAUCUGUAAUGUCGGGCUCAAUUUUUUACCCCACCCACCGCUCCAUUUUUUUUUUACAGAUUUCUAAUUUAGUAAUUUUUGAGAUUAUUGAACAUAAGUUAUUUAUCAAUAAAAAUAAGACACUUUUUACCAUUAGAAGGCUGCGCCUGAAACUGCCUGUCUGAUGGGAAGAUCUUAAAUAGAAGGAGAGAGUGAAGCGCAGGCUAGGAUCUCAUGGGCUUAUUUGCCCAUUUUUACCAAUAUUUGGGUCUCACCUCUUUUGCAUUUCAAGUUUUACCGCAGCAAAGAGAACAUAGCUCACAAUAUAGGGGACACAGCUACAUUCUACAGUCCAACUCAUAUUGAUUCCCUGGCUCCUGCCCAAAAAAAAAAAAAAUCAGAAUUGCGUUACUGCUUGUUGCCCUCAUCAAGGAAUGAAGCAGAAGGGACAGAAGACCUGAAAAUCUAUCACUGAUUAUUGCCACAUUGUCGUGUAUUGCGUUUGUGAACUCUCAGCAACUUUGCUGACGUUUGCAUGUUCCACAGGUAAGUGUCUUGUCCUGGAGAAGCAUCCAUUUGAGUGAAAUGGGAGCCACAAGGAUAUACCAUGCUUCCAGUUCCUCCCAACUUUCAAAAAGGGUAUGUUCUGGCACAUUGACAUGGUUGAUCUAUAUAGCAGCUGCGUUUUGAGUGAUUCAGGCAAGCUUAACCCUGCUGCUUCAAGGGAAUGUAGAGAACCUGUGACAGCCUCCACGUAAUCAUUGAUUCCUUGAUACCAGGAGUCCAGAAUGCCCAGCACGAAAGAUGCUAACAGAUGCGCUGGCAUUGCGGGCUUAAUGGGGCUGAACUUGGCCAGACUAUAGCAGGUUCCUGGAAGGAGCGAUCAGGUGUGAGGAAUUGCUCUUUUCCUGCUGUCAGCACUCUGGGCUAGAAGAGAGAGCACAUGUUAUGUGAAUUGUUCCCAACUGACUGAGACACAGAGGAAUGAGCAUGCUUAAUCAUCGUAAUGGUCAGAAUCUGAGGAAGCGGCACUCCACCGUUUAUGGAGAAGAAUUACAGGAGAUGGGGAAGAAGAGAUGGUUUUCUAAAGUACUGGUAAUAGAUUUCAGAGCUCUGAGGGUUUGUUUUUUUUCCCUGCACAUUUAUGUGGAGGGCAGUGUGUUACCUUCCCCGGGCUGUCAUCACCACCUGAGUAAUUCAGGCAGUCAAAAGGGUCAUUUUUAAGCACUGUAUAAGCUAUAUUCCUUCAUCUACAAUUCAUUUCACCAAUCCAUCAGUAUGUGUUUGUGAAUCUGCGAGAUCUUGUGAAUCUGCUGGAAAGGCAUGUAGAAGAAACCCAGUAUGCACUGUUUAAAAGGAUACUGACAGCUGUUUUCCCCCACAGAUUUUAAUUUUUAUAUCUGUUAUAUUCAUUAAGCCCUCUUUAGAAGCUGAGAUAAUGUUUCCCCUCAACAGCAGAGCUCAAAUUCCAUUUGCAAAACUUGCUACUUUCCCUUGAUUUCAAUGUGUCAGAAGGAGUCUGGUUACGGGUUUACAAUGUUGCAGCUUAUUGACCUCCCCAGCAAGUCAGAUGUACCUCAAUUUGGGCACCAGAAGUGGUCAGUGUUAGCACAGCUCCGGGAGUAAUCUUUUAGUUAAUUUCUGGUGGGGCAGGAGAAGAAAAAACAGUGGUUUUAUAAGUCCAACUACAGAGGGGCUGUUUAAUUUCUUGGCAAUGGAUUGCUGGGGGCGGAAAGGGGGGAGACACACUUAAGAAUUUAGAAUCCAAAGCGUUUUCUUAAACAGGGUAACCAUUUGUGUGGCAUCCCAAACUACUUGACAAGAGUCCAUUUAUGUCAAGAAUCUCUUUUAAAUGGUCUCUUCCUUAUGUUUUGUAUUUAUAAAUACCAAUAAACAACCACUUUCCAAGUUUUGUCUUAUUAGAAGAAUGCCUUUGUAGGGCAAGAACUUCAACAGUUUAGUGUUGUGGACAAGCUCUUGCUUUUGGAAUUCUAGAAUAGGUCCCAGGUGCAUUCCCACUUUGUCUUGGUUAGCCAUCAAUCAGAUAUAUGGGAUUUCUGGGCACAGGGUUAUGUCUCAGCCUAAGUGUUGCUGAUGCAGAGGUGGUAAUAGACUGGAGCACCAUUGUUUGACCUGAUGAAUACAGGAGGUAUCACGUAUUGAGAUGAAGGGAUCAUCAUUUAGGGGUGUGGAGGUUUUUGAGGGGAAGUGGCGGGAAGUAGUGGAACUUCUCAGAGGUUCAGCAAGGAACAAACCUGUGCUGAAUAUCUAAUCUGAUUUGAAGACUUCUGCUUGUGCCAAAUGUGUGAGCUAAAUUGAAGGACACCAGACUUCUUUCACUGGAGAGUGUGGUCUCCAGCGACUGUGUCAGUGCAGGUCUUAAAGACGUAUCAGGCCAUUGACUGUUGCAUUUACUUAUUGGCUCCUGCCUUGCGCACCCACCAAACAUCUCCACAUGCAGCCUAAAUUGCUGGGGUGAUUCCAUGGAAAUCCAUGUGAUCCACAAGGAUAGUGGUAUGGGUUGAACCAUGUAUUAAUUCCUCUGCGUAACCUGUGUCUGUCUUUUCAACACUCAGCAGCAGCAGGCCGUGAGUUGUCCAUGGACUGGCGCAGUGGUUCUCAAACUGCACCAGUCGAUGCACUUUGGGGAGGGGGAGAGGGGACAACCUUCAGAACAGACAAGAAGGUAAAGUAAAUGAAGAUGCGUCUCGUACAGAGUGGUUCACAGAAUAGACAGAGACCCUCUGGACUAAUGGAAUUUGACAUCCUCCAGUAGAGGUGCUGUGAGGAGCUGUAACAACCAAAAAUAAGAGGCUUUUUUUAAUUAAAAAAAAAAAGACAGCAGUACUUUCAAUCAUGAUUCUAGCACUGCUCCUGAAAAGGGUGGGAUGAAAAGGUGUACCGUGCUGUCACAAUGAAUAUUUAAAAAAAAAAAACUAAACAAAAUUCCUAUUUUCUAAACAUUAUUGUAUUCUUCCUUUUUCCUUUUUUUAUUUUAAUCGAAUGUGUUGUUCAUGGCUGGCCCAUGGUGUUGUGUUUUUGGUUUUUUGGAGGGGGGGUGCAGGGGAGACCAGUAUGACAAGGUUCUUCACUACAGUGUCCUAUUCGUGUGGGUGGGCAGGGCCGAGGGUUGAAUUGACCUGUGAUCCUUUGUCCACACAGAGUGUGGCUUAGUGUUCAUUUUUAGUGAGGGGCAUCCACCCAACUUGACCAAACUGUAGAUUUUUCCUCUUUGUGCGGCUUUACCAACGAAACUGCAGAGUUAACCAGAAAACUCCCAGGCACCGGGAGUCACAAUCCUACCCCUCAGCGCUGGGCUUCCCAACCCCAUGCCUGCCCUCUUGAGGGCUUUCCAGGCACGUACCAAAAAACAUACUUUGAUCUUUCAAAGCUUCAGGCCAAAAUCUUCACAGUCCACGUUCAAAAAUCUGGUAUCUUGCCGCCUUAGCCCUUCAUUUCCAUCCUUGAGGAUAACCUUUCCCUGGGUCACAUGCCAAAACCCACACAAUUGCGGGCAAUUGCACAGUUGAUGGCAAUUGCAGUAACCCAGGUGCAGAGUGGAUUCCUCAGCACAGCGCCACAUCUCCCGUGAAGUCUGCUGGGUUUUUUAAAUGCUUCUCAUCUUGUUUACAAUCCACCUCAGAUCACUUCUGCUCCCUUGUCGUUUAUCGCUGCAGGGAACAUGGCCUUGUACCUCUGGAUUCCACAGUGGAGUGACUGUCACUGCGACAGGGCAUUACUCUCCUAUUGCUUCUCCCUACCUCCCAGCAGGCAGGGAAGGAAAAGGUUAGCACAUGUUGCCAUGUCCUUGCAGCCACUGAAUGGGUCUAGCUUUCCACACCACAUUUACCUUCUGGUUUUGUUUUUACUUGGACAGUGAUUUUUAAAGCAACAGCCAAGGUACGUGGAAUUGCUGGCUUCACCAACCCGCCUCUGCUGCUCCUUCACCCCUCCGUUUACUGUCCCCACUGAGACAAUCUCCCUCAUGUCCCCUCAGAUGUGCAUUAUCCCUCCCCAGCCCCAUGGAGGCCGUUCCUCUCCUAAGCCCCAUCUGCACCAUUGCCUAGCAAGGCUAGUGUGUAACGGCUUUUGAUUGGUCUUGGCCCCAUCCAUUCUGUCCAGAUGUCAUCAGCUUGGCUACCCAUGCAUUGAGGCAUGACGCUUAGAUUGGAUGUAAGGCCAGGACAGGUGGGGUCUUGGAGACUAUUUAGCUCUCACCAUGACAAUCCCUCUUGCACGGUCACCCCCUACAAUCCUCCUUUCCCAUUGAGGCCAUUCCUGCCGCACUAAAAUCUUUAACCUUUGUGGAUUCCUGCAGCUGACCAAAUUCCUGAACUAAGGCCAUGUCUACACUACAGAGCCUAUGCUGGCAUAGCCCAUUAGUAUAGAGUCUAGACGCUGCAUAUGCCAACAGAAAGAGGAGUUCCAUCCACACAGUAACACCACUUCCUCAAACGACAUGAACUAUGCUGACAGUUGCAUUUACAUUGGGGACUUUGCCGGCAUAGUUGUGCCAGCUAAGGGGUGUAAUGUUUUUUUUUGCACAUUCCUCCCAACAUAGCUAUGCUGGCAUCACUUUGUAGUGUAGCCCUGACCUGGCUUUCAAUUCUUCCAGAGGGUGGUUCAGACUCUCUUUAUUUUUGGCUGUGAGGCUCGUAAUUUUAAUUGAAUUUAACUCAAAGAAAUAGUUUUUAUUGUGAUGAGAAGACUUUUUUUGUUUCAUUGUUUGCUUUUUAGCAUUCAGGAUUGGGAUGAUGUUCUUGUCUUCUAUAGUUCCUUUCUCUUUCUUGUCCCAAACGCCUCUUAUCUUGAUCCAAUCCAAAUAGCUGCAGUUUUGGCUUUGUUGAGUGUACUAUUCUCUUAAAGUUGUAUGCGUUGGAGUUAGGUUUCUUUAAAUAUUUUUAAACUUUGGUGGAUGCAUCAUGUCCAUUAGACUAACUUAUUGGACACACAUGUUAGAACCUUGUCAUACACUCCCUUAAUUAUAUAUAUUAUAGAGAGAGAUCUGUAAAAUAUUAUUUUAAUGAUAUUGUAAUCUGUGCUUUCCCCUCUCCUGGACACUAAGUGUGGAUAUAAUAUUGCCAAUUAACUAAAAGUAAAAAUAUAUAUAUGUA